AUGGCGGAGGCUGCAGCUCCCGGAACAACAGCCAAACCAUCAGGAGCAGGAGCGGCGGCGGCGGCGGCGGCGGCCUCCCCCACCCCUAUCCCCGCAGCCACCUCGCCGUCCGCGGGGGCGGGGGGCGGGGGAGGCGGCGGCGGCGGCGGCUGGACCAAACAGGUCACCUGCAGGUAUUUCAUGCACGGGGUUUGUAAGGAAGGAGAUAACUGUCGCUACUCGCAUGACCUCUCUGACAGUCCAUACGGUGUGCUGUGCAAGUAUUUUCAGCGAGGGUACUGUAUUUACGGAGACCGCUGCAGAUACGAACAUAGCAAACCAUUGAAACAGGAAGAAGCAACUGCUAUAGAUCUAACUGCAAAACCAUCCCUUGCUGCUUCCUCAAGCCUCUCACCAGUAGCUGGACCGAUUGUUGAAAUGAAUACGGGCGAGGCCGAGUCAAGAAAUUCAAACUUUGCAACUGUAGGAGCAGGUUCAGAAGACUGGGUGAAUGCCAUUGAGUUUGUUCCUGGGCAGCCCUACUGUGGCCGUACUGCCCCUUCUUGCCCUGAAGCACCCCUGCAGGGCUCAGGGACUAAGGAAGAGUCCGAGAAGGAGCCGGCGGCAGUGGACACGAAGCAGCAGCUCUGUCCCUAUGCAGCCGUGGGAGAGUGCCGCUACGGGGAGAACUGCGUGUAUCUCCACGGGGACUCAUGUGACAUGUGCGGCCUGCAGGUCCUGCACCCGGUGGACGCUGCCCAGAGGUCACAGCACAUAAAAUCUUGCAUCGAGGCCCAUGAGAAGGACAUGGAGCUGUCGUUUGCCGUCCAGCGCAGCAAGGACAAAGUGUGUGGCAUCUGCAUGGAGGUGGUCUACGAGAAAGCCAACCCCGGUGAGCGCCGCUUCGGGAUCCUCUCCAACUGCAGCCACACCUACUGCCUCAAGUGCAUUCGCAAGUGGAGGAGCGCUAAGCAAUUUGAGAGCAAGAUCAUAAAGUCCUGCCCAGAAUGCCGAAUCACAUCUAACUUUGUCAUUCCAAGUGAGUACUGGGUGGAGGAGAAAGAAGAGAAGCAGAAACUCAUUCAGAAAUACAAGGAGGCAAUGAGCAACAAGGCGUGCAGGUAUUUUGAUGAAGGACGUGGGAGCUGCCCAUUUGGAGGGAACUGUUUUUACAAGCAUGCGUACCCCGAUGGCCGUAGAGAGGAGCCACAGAGGCAGAAAGUGGGAACAUCAAGCAGAUACCGGGCCCAACGAAGGAACCACUUCUGGGAGCUCAUUGAGGAAAGAGAGAACAGCAGCCCCUUUGACGAUGAAGAAGAGGUGGUCACCUUUGAGCUGGGCGAGAUGUUGCUUAUGCUUUUGGCUGCAGGUGGGGACGACGAGCUGACAGAUUCUGAAGACGAGUGGGACUUGUUUCACGAUGAGCUGGAAGACUUUUAUGACUUGGACCUAUAG